GAUAGUUAUAUAACUGUUCUUAUUCCUUCUCUAACUAAUACUUCCGGUUUGCGUUCCACUUGGAGAAUCUAUUCUGUGUUUGCUUUAACACAGCCUUUUUUCAGCCAUUUUGGUUAAUAGAAGACGAUAUUUUCAAAGUUCUAUCUUAAAAUAAAAAGUUUUUAAGAUGCCUUCUGUUACUUUGAAAGACGUCGAUCAACAUGAAUUCGUCAAAACAUUCGCCAGUUUCUUAAAAAAGACAGGAAAGGUAAAGUGCCCCGAAUGGGUUGACAUUGUGAAAUCAGCCCGUUUCAAGGAAUUGGCACCUUAUGAUCAAGAUUGGUUCUACAUUCGGUGUGCUGCUGUAGUGCGUCACAUUUACAUUCGCAGCCCAAUUGGUGUAGGUGCCGUGACAAAAAUUUUCGGUGGACGUAAACGAAAUGGAACACACCCAAGUCAUUUCUGUCGAUCGGCUGGUGGAGUCGCCAGAAAAGUCUUGCAAACUUUAGAAUCACUGAAAUUAAUUGAAAAAUCGCAAUCAGGUGGUCGCGUGCUCACUAGUGCGGGUCGCAGAGAUCUUGAUCGUAUUGCUGCACAAAUUAAAGCCAAAAGUAAGAAGCAAAUGAAGUUACAAGAAACACUUGUUUUAUAAGUUGUGCAUUGUAAUAAAUACAUUUAAAAAAGUUG